UUUGAACCUUCACAUACUAGCUUGAAGAGGAAUUUAGUAAAGCAAGAUUAAUAACAAUUAACUGAAUAUGGCAAGUCUUAAGUUAUGGGUUUGUCUUAUCUUGCUUCUACUCGAGUUCUCCGGGAAUCAAUGCCGGCCACUGGUUGCGGAAGAGAGGGCUUCGGAUUCAGGGAACAUAAGAAAGAUUAUGAGGGAACUUCUCAAAAGAUCAGAAGAGCUGAAGGUGAGAUCAAAAGGCGACAAAACGAUCCUAGGCAAUACCCUUGAUUCAAAGCGGCUCAGCCCUGGUGGACCGGACCCAAGACAUCACUAAAAAGAUGUGUAACUUUUUAACUUUUCGGUGAGGUUUAAUUCAAACUUGUAACGUCGGCACAGGGCAUAAGGGUUAUUUGGCGUAACUCUAAGGUUACUAUCUUGUUAACAUUGAGGUCAUAAUCUUGAAGUAUGGUCAUAAUCAUGCGAACUAGAUAAUGUGGUUGUUUUUCCUUAAUCAAUGGGGUUUCUUUUGUGCGUACCAAAAUU